AAUGUGAAGUGGAACCUUUCGACCGGAAGAUAUCAUGUUAUAUUGCGUGUCUUGAAACUAUAGCUAAUAUUGAAGAAGGAUGCAGGCACGAAAGAGCACAAUAUUUGCUCGAUCAAUAUAGAAAGGCGAGUAUAAAAGGUCCUAAACCCGAUUACAAAAGAGCAAGAAAUUGGGAAAGAGAAUGUGUUUAUGGAUCGAUCUACCUCCACCAGCCAACAUUCGUGGAUAGAAAUCUCAGUGGGACUGUGAAUAAUAGAACAAUAGGAACUAUAAAUAAGAUCGUUUCAGGAUCUUCAAAAAGAGAGGUUCAAGUUCCCGAUAAUCAGAACAAUAUCGAGAAUUCGUAUGAUAUGCGAUUUUAUAAAGAUAUUAACAUUAACGAAGACAUCUAUGUAGAUGAAAUACAUUUGUCUCAGGAG